AUAAUGAUUAACAAUACUUACACUAUAAACACACACCAUAUCCUCAACUCCACUCAAUCAACCACUUUGUACUAAAAAUCAGACCCUAACAUUGUAACAUCACAAAAAGCACAAUGAAUGUUUAUUCAGCCUAAUUUUGUAUUUGUUCUUAGACUAACUUUAGAAAAUUCUGCUGGGGAUUGAGGCCACGGGGCCAACAGGACGGAAGUUAUCAUUAAAACACUGAGCUGACUGACUUUAUUUAUAUCUGUAUCUGACUGAUAAUUUCCCAGCCAACUGUUCAUGUUUUGAGAGAAGAUCAGCCUUGCUCCUCCAACAAUGCAAUGGCAAAAAAAAUGUGGCUGCAAAAGAAGCAUUUUCCUUAUAGUUGUUAAUUAUAUAAGUGCAUUUCUUCAUUUGUGACACCACUUCAGUGUAAAGUUUAUGUGACAAACCAGAGAGACAUUAAUGCACAACACGGUAUAAUGUAUGAUGCAAUAGUAUAGUAUAGUGUAGUAGCAUACAUUUUCAUGCAAAUACAGAAGCUUACAAUAUCCAAAAAAACCUAUCAGAGUGAUUCCUCAAUUCCAUACCAUAAAAUUACUUAUUGUAACAGUAAUCAGUAUAAUUUGUUGAGCUGUUUAUGAACCACUGAGCAGUGUCCUCCCACCCCAGUGAGUCAGUGGGCAGUCACUGGCAGGCAGAGAGACGAUUCAGUUUUCAAGCCUGAACAGGAAAGCACCGUACAAACAGAGAAGCAUUCAACACACAAUAGCGGGACAGCUGAGGCUGAGAGCACACCAUUAUAUCAGUUCUACUGUUGCGCUGUAGACAUGCUAAACGGCAAAUUUCACUGGUGGAAAACUCCUGUAUUAAAUGAAAAGAAGCAACACCGAGAGAGGUGAAGACAAGAAACCUUUGAAGACUCUGGGCCACAGACUGAAGAGUGAUAUGGCAGAACUUCUGCCAGGAUUACUCAUUUGUCUGAUGGCAGUGCAGACCAUUCAGCAUGAUGGAAAUGGAACCAGGACCAAAACCAGUAUUUCAACUGGUGCAAUACCAAAAACCUUCAAGGGGAGGAUGUACAGACUUAAUCACACAAACCAUCUGCCAGCUCUCCAUCCCAGCACAAAGCCUUGGCUCUAUGUGAACCCAGAGGACCCAGUGACAGCCUAUACCACAGGGAUCCUCAGUACCUCGGUCAUACCUUCAUCAUACAUUCUGGCCAUGCUUGUGGGUAUCCCCUCCAAUGCCUACAUUCUGGGCUUCCUCAGAGUCAGACUCAGAGCAAAGUCCAUGUCCACAGUGGUUCUUUACCUGAACCUGGCCUUGUCCGACCUGCUGCUCCUGCUUUCGCUGGCGCUGCGUGUUCACUAUCACUUCAACGGAAACAACUGGAUGUUUGGGGAAAUCUCUUGCCGGCUUAUCACAGCCUUGUUUUACAGCAAUGUUUACUGUGCAGCUCAAACAAUAGCAUGCAUCAGUCUGAAGCGCUACCUGGCUGUGGUCAGACCAUUUUUGUACAGAAGGCUGACUAAAACUACGCUGGCAGUGGGGACAUGCUUGGUUGUAUGGUUCCUGUUUGGGGCUGCUAUUGUGCCUGAGCUCCUCGUUAGGCAGAGCUACCAGGUUACCCAGCUGGGGGUCACCACCUGCCAUGAUGUACUUCCCCUAGAAGAAAAAUCCCAUUCCCCGUUGGUGCUAUACAGGCUGAUGCUGGUUUGUCUGGGCUUCAUAGUACCCUUCCUGAUUUGUAUCUAUACCCAUGUGGUAGUGGUAUACCACUUAAGGCAAUCUGGUUGUGAUUGGAGACCUUUUAUCAGGGUCAGCACUCUGGUCUUUGUCAUCUUUGUGGUGUGUUUCUUGCCUAGUGGCAUCCUGCAUAUCGCCCACUACAUCCGUCUGUUUUCCAGCGGGGACGACAGACUGUAUGGAUACUACAGAGUAGCGGUGUGUCUCUGCUGCUUCCACAGCUGUCUGGAUCCCUUCCUGUGUUUGCUUGUUUCCAAGACGGCAACCUCAGAGCUACAAUUCAUUUCCCUCCGUGAGAAACCUCAGAGACCUGCAGUUAUGGCAUGAGACUGGAUGACUGUGUACAGAAAAUAAACAUGUCCCUGCUGGACCAUUGUUGGGGCACAGCGGGGAAGCACAAGGAGCAAGGAUGUGAGAGUUAAGACUUUGUAUAGUACCAGAAAAGGAAAAAAAUUAACUAUACAAGCAUAACAAUGUAAGAAUGGUAACUUGGUGGCACAGUGUCACAGUAUGUUGACAACUAUAAUCAAUCCUCUAUCUUGCUUUGUCAGGAGGAUAUUAAAAUACAUAAAUAGACAAUAUUAAUAUGGAUAUUUACUCUUGUUCUUCCAAUUUUUCAUUACAUGUAAAAUAUGUACAUUAAAGUUCUAAAUCAACAAUGAA